AUGGAUUUCCAGCUUAGAUGCAAUUCUCUCAAGUGCCGCAAAGAGCUUCAAGAUCAAGCUGUAAUCACGACUUGCAGUCAUAUCUUCUGUGUUCGUUGCAUAGAAGCACACAGUCUCUCAAAGCAUGCAGAUGCCAACCGUAUAUGCCCUGCCUGUGAAUCAGCAUUGGCAAGCCCAGAUGAUGUUAUUUUCACCCGACUCAAUCCCACGGAGGAAUUCAAGACUUGCAUUUUGGAAGGACUGAACCCUACGAUUAUAAUGGAGUGUGCAAGCAGAGGGCUUGCGUUUUGGACUUACCAGGCUACGCAGGAGAUAGUAUAUCAGGAAUAUCUCUCAAAAAGCUUAACCGAAAAGUACACAGUUCUAAGCAAUCAAAUGGAUAAGCUAAUCCAUGAUGCAAAUUCGGAGAUUUCGAAUAUGCAACAUAGAUUUUCAGCACUCUCGGUUGAGCAAGAUGACCUCCAACGCAAGCAUCACGAAGUCAUCGAGGCACUACGUGAAAAGAGCCGCAAGUGUAUCCAAUUGCAGGAGCUGUAUGACAAACUCAAGCGCCGUACGCUCUUAUCA